AUGGAUCGUCGGAACCCUUUUCUCGCGAUUACACUAACCCUUUGUCUAUUCUCUCUGCAAGCACUGAUCAAUGUGGAAGCUGCAUCAGUAGUCUUCCUUGAUAGUCCGACUCAUAAAUACCUUCGCUCACCGUCGGAGCCUGCUGCCAUAGCUCAGACUGAUUCAAUGUCACUAUCAGAAGUUGGUGCUGCAGUGUCUGUUUUACUUGGUUUUGCCCCUCCUUCUACACUGUCAGCUUCUAGUUCCUCUAAGCUCAAUAAAGUGCUCAUACCCAAUCCAUUUGAUAGGCCCCUUGCUGUCUUUGCCCUUGAAGUCACAGGAGUAGAGGAUUCCCAGCUUCUGAGAGACACUGUUUUUGGUGGGGCUUUGAAGAGCAAGGUUAUGAGUGAAGAGAGCAAAGCUGACAUUCAGGUUCCAGAUGAAGAUGAAGUAUCUGUGAUCUCUUUGAAUGACCUCCCUAGUUUUGAUUCUGAUAAGCUGUCCUCAAAUAAAGAACUUCAUGAACUUGCAUCUUUCUUGGGGGGUUCAUACGUAUCUGGGCACUCACCGCUCAGUGGAGAGCUGUCAAUCCCCUUGCCUGGUGGCGACAAUCUCAGACUUGAUUUAUCGAAGAAAGCGGAAUUGGAGUUGCUCAAUGGUAUUGUAGGUCUCCUCCGUAAGAUUGAGAGGGCCAUGGUGAUGCUUGAAGAUUUGUCUCCUAAUGCUAAUGGGCAGAAGCUCUCUGAGUUAAUUACAGGGACAUUUGAUGGCAUCAAGGCUUUGCGAGAGAACCAUGGAACUGAGGGUGCAGAGGAAGGAGUCCAUUUGUUUGCUGUUUCAGUUCCGAAGAUAUUUGAUUACUUGCAAGCCCGAUACAGGGGUAAGAUUGUCGGAGUGAUAGUCCAUGGUGAAGCUGAUGAUUCAGAAUCAAAGAAACUACUAAAUAUGGUGGUUAAUUCUCGGACAUCUCCUCGUUGGUUGGAAGAAGAAAGUGCCUCCCUUAAUGCAACUUCAGUUGCUGAAGCUUUACUUGUUAGGAGAACAAUUGCAUGGACAACUGGGAUCUUGCUGAUCAUUGCAACUUUAUUAGGAGUAAGUUUCACCACUCUGUUGCUGUUCAUUUCACCAUUGCUGAUCAUCCACUAA